UAAAAUGGCGUCUAAGAAAAGGAUUGGCAGGAAAAGGAAGUAUGAAAAGUUGCUCGAUGAACUGCAGGAAAAGCCUUCAAUGCCUCUGGAAAUACCUAAUAAACACAAUACUGCUACAAAUACUGACAUAUUAAUAAGCAAUAGUCAAGCACUUGAAGCCAAUGUCGAAUUUCCAACAAGAAAGGGUCAAGUCGACGUAUCCCUGAUUACAGAUGUGUUGUUAGGACAAGCUUUAAAUUUAGUUCCCCCUUGCUUUAAAGAUAAACGAAUUCAAUACUUGGCAAACAUUGUUUCAGCUGGUUGUUCUACAAUCAAUACUCUACCAUGUCCGGUCCAGGAGUUAGAAGUUAAAGUGCAUCAGAUGGAGCAGUUACUUGGUGAUUCGAUUAGUCUGUUUGGCUAUCCAAAUAUGGACCUUCUUUGGAAUGUUACGUUCAAUACUAAGAUUCCACACACGCUUUUUCUUGGCCCCCCAGUGAAUACUUGUCUAAAGUGCACCAAACCACUCAAGUCUCAUAAUUUGCCAUCUCAAGUCAUUUGUUUUGGCUUAAAUGGCCCCCUUCCAGCUCUUAAAAUUACUCUUAGGUGUACUUCAUGCUGUUUAAAUUACAGGUAUGAUAUGUAUGGGUCAGAGAAUGAUGGAUUCCGCUAUUAUGAUGCGCAACGGGAAUAUGUGAAAGGUUCAAGGUCUCAGUUCAUUCACAGAUCUGUAUAUCAGCUAUUUACUUCAUCAAGUCACCAUGCUUGGUGUUCCUUUGAAGGAUUUUCAGAAGUUUAUAAUGAGAUGAUGAGGGAAAUUUCAGAUAAAUUGAAGAAUGCAAUGAAUACAUCCAAAUUUGUGAAAGAUUUUUCAGAUUUCAACAAAGAAGAUGAAACUGCCAUACUGACUUAUGAGUUAUCUCGUAAAAUCAUUGCUGAGGCAUUUUGGACUGCAGAAGUAGAAGCGGAAUUACGGGAAACAAAACAAAUUGAUCACUUAUUUCACUCAUCUUUGUCUAGAGAAGAAUUAAUGAUGAAAUUUGAUGAAGAAAGAUCAUCAUCGUGCUAUAAACAUCUGGAAUGCAGUAAAGCUUGUAAAAGCCGAGGUUGUGGUACAUUAUGGUCAAUUGAUGGAUUGUGGAAGUUGGUGUACCCAAUAUGCAUGCAUACAGAUCCAAUGGAAGUAGCAGGAUUUUCUGGUAAACUAAAUUAUGUUGAAAGCUGUCCUAAUCAACCAGUCCCGAAGAAAGCACUGUGUAAGGGACACAGUGAUGAAGCUUUACUAAAAGGUAUUCCUACAGGGAUUAAGGAGUAUUUGUCAUACUGCUCUUCUACAAGUGAGGCAAUACAAGAGCCUACAUUCACUGAAAGUGACUCUGAAGAGGAUGUUGAGGUUCCAUAUGAUAGCACUGCCACUGUCUUGGAUGGACAAGGGAUAUCACGUUUUGUGAAGUCAAAUCCGACGUUGACCUCCUCUCUUGAUACAGGUGAAGAAAUAAGUGCAACAAAGUGCAACAAAGACACUGGGGCUAAGAAACAGUUACAAAAGUGGACUAGAGGGCACCUGUUUAUAGUGCGAGGAGGUGGUCAUAUUGACAUGUGGCAGCCACUUUACCAGUCAGAAGGUCCCGCACAGGUUUUUUUAAUUGUUUUAUCUUGGAUGGUUACAGCAUUCAGAAACCACACCAGAGAACAAAUGAGAGAAGUUGUUAUUUCCUAUGACAAUAUGUGUAACUUGGAUAACCUGAAGGUUGCAAGAGAACCUCUCCCAUUACCAGAUGAUUUAAAAUACAUUUGGCUAGAUGUAUGUAAAAUAAUCGAUUCUCUUCACAUUAAAAAUCACAAAAGAAAAGAGUGCCAUGAGGAAUACAAUCCAGUCCAGUUGAAGAAUAAACAUCCUAGUUUUAAUACAAUGUCUUGUGAGCAGACAUUUACUUGGUUGGGUCGCUAUAAGAAGAUACUAGCAUCUAUGGGUAAAUGCCAUCACCAUUUUUUUCUUCACAGAGUUAUUAAGAGACGGAAUAAAUAUAUAACUUUCUGCUAUUCAAAUGGACGUCGCCCUGUGCAGCCUAAGGCGAGAUAUACUGAAACAAAAUAGUUAAUUAAUUUUGUGACAUUUACUUAUCUUUAUAAAUGUAUGCAGAAACUUUGAAAUCCA